AUGUCUGAGCGCUUUGGAGGAUAUGAGAAAUCACAUACAACUAUUGGGGAUGCAGGAAUAUACGUUUGCAGAGCUUCCUGUAACUAUGAACAUGUGUUGAAAGUCUACCAUGUAGAUAUACCAUGGCAAUCGGAGACAUGCAAUUUCGACGAUAAAUCACUUUGCGGAUGGAAAAAUCACGGGUCUAGUAUUUCUUGGAGCCAGCAGUACGGCAGAACACAAUCCAGCGAUAGUGAAGAUUGGAACAGUCAUACACUUGGUGGAACAUCAAAAGGCGGGUAUAUGCAGGUAGAUGCGAUUUCGCAAAGAGAUACUGAUACGACUGCUCGUCUCAGGUCACAUGAUUUUCCAGCUGGUCUAACGGUUUGCUUUGAAUUUUGGUAUCGGAUAUCUGGAGAGGGACGUGCAAUAUUAUCUAUGAUCUUGAAGGACACUUGCUUGAGUAAGGAAACAGAAUUGUUACAAAUCACUGGGGACGAGUGUCAAAAGUGGAACAAGGCGACUGUCACUGUGUUACAAAAUUUCGUUCCAAAUGACUACAACAUAGCCCUUAAAGCUGAUAUUCGACGCUCAUUCCAUGGAACCAUGGCUAUAGAUGAUGUAAAAAUCAGCAAGGGACACUGUCAAGAUUGAGGAAAAACUAUGUUCAAACAAAAACAUACAUUCAAGAUAAUAGACUCUACAAAUUGCAUUUCAAGACGACUGAUUAAAUUUCAGUAAAGGACUGUAUGCUGUAUAAUUAGUUUGAUGUUCUUAAAAGUGUACAGGCAAAUAUUUUCAGUCAAAAUAUGCCUUAAUCGAAAAUAUAAAUUCUGAAUUUGAUUAUUGGAAAUACCUAAGCUGAAUGUAUUUUCCUCAAUGUAGUACGUGUUACAUGGUUGGAAAAGUCGUAAGUUGUAAAUACGUACUUACACUGUACAGCAAAAGUUGCAAAAACAUAAAACCUGAAUUACUUUGAUUAUACUUGGAAUAUAUUCAGAAUAUUUUGAGGGAUUAAUGAUAGUCUGAUGCCUUUUUCAGAAUUUGUAAUAAAACUUAAAAAAAUG